CAAUCUGGAAUAAUGAUGUGCAGGGCGAAAACGCCGCGUUGGGUUUCACCACUUUGGUGCAUAACGGUCUGUGGGAGCCAAACUUGAUUGUGAAUAUAUACUUUCCCAUUAAAGUGGGCAAGAUUCUGACUGUAUCUUCAACUAUCCGUGCAUUAAUGAAUAUAUAAAGUUAUAUUCUUAUAUCUUUAUAUAGCUGUAGAAUAUAUAUUGUUAACUGUGGUUAUUUUCUUACCAUUCCAAUCGAUAUUUGAUCACCUGUUGCCAAGCAAUUACAGCAAUAUAACCCUAGGAAAAAAAGUACAAAAAAGUAAAAAACAUAAAAGAAAGAAAAGAAAAAGAAAGACAAGCGAAAGAAAGAAAAGCGAAAGAGAAACACGAAAUAUUUGGAAAGUAGUACUGGAGUCAGUAGUAGUUGUAAUAGUAAAUACAGUAGUAGUAAUAGUAAAUACAGUAGUAGUAAUAGUAGUAGUAGUAGAAGUAGUAGUAGUAGUAGCAGCAGCAGCAGCAGUAAUAGGUGCCGUCAUACUAUUGUUUAUUUGUUCCAUCAACUUCAAAGAUAGGAAAUAUUUGUUAUAAAGAACCCGAACCAAUGGCAGCAAAAACGGAUUAUUGGGUGGCCGAAAGUAUAAAGGAUGUUCCAUUUGUAGAUCGAUACGAAAUGGGAGAUGAACUUGGAAGAGGUGCCAGUGCUAUUGUAUAUUCCUGUCGGAAUAAAAAAGAUAACACCCAGUGGGCAGUGAAAAAGAUAACCAAAAGGCCUCACAGUCGAGUGGUCACUGUUGAAAUCAAAGUGUUAUUAGGACUCAGUCAUCCAAAUGUCGUUCGAAUGAAAGAAGUAUUUGAGACUACAACUAGUUUGCAUUUGGUUCUUGAAUAUGCUAUUGGUGGUGAGCUUUUCGACAGAAUUGUUGAAAGAGGUUCCUACUCAGAAAAAGAUGCUGCAAAUGUGUUUCGACAAAUACUCACAGGCAUUGAGUAUCUCCACCAAAACAGUAUCAUUCACAGAGACUUAAAGCCUGAAAACUUACUUUACUGCACAAAAGAUGAAGAUUCUGUCCUUAAAAUUGCUGAUUUUGGUUUAUCAAAGAUCAUGACGACUAGCACUUUGAGUAUGUCAAUGUGUGGUACACCCAGCUACUGUGCUCCUGAAGUCCUCCAAGGUUCCAUGUACAGUUUUCCUGCAGACAUAUGGAGUGCUGGUGUUAUCUUGUUUAUUUUACUCGUUGGUUAUGAGCCAUUUUUUGCAUCAAAUGAUCACAAAAUAUACAAGAGAAUCAUUCGAAUUGACUGGAAAUUUGAAUCUCCCUGGUGGGAUGAUAUUAGUAGCAACAGUAAAGAUUUGAUUUCUAAAAUAUUGAUCCGUGAUGCUAACAAGCGUCCUAACCCAACAGAAGCCUUGCAGCAUCCCUGGGUAACAGGAGAAGCAGCCAAGGAUGAGAACAUGGUGAAAACUAAGCAAAGAUUGAUAUCUUUUAAUGGACGAAGAAAGUUAAAGGCUGCUGCAAAGGCUGUGAUCAUGACAAACAGAGUUAUGAAGUUUGCAGGCAGAACUACCAGUUAAUUUGCCAGUCAAUGUCAAAGAAAAAACAAAAAAAUUAUUUGAAUUUUAAACAUUUCAUAUUAUUAUUAUUAUAAUUAUUAUUAUUAAUUAUCAUCGUUGUUAUUGUUGUUGUUAAUAUUGCUAUUAUUGUUGUUGAAGUAAUAAAAACAAAAAAUGGUAUUAUUAUUAUCAAUAAUAUUUAAGAAAUCAUUAUUAUUAUUAUUAUUAUUAUUAUAAUUAUUAUUAAGGCAGUGAGUGGCAGAAUAUUUAGUUAUCUCUGCUACAUGGUUCUGAGUUCACAUAUAACAAAGGCCCACUUUUGCUUUUCAUACAUCCAGUGUCAACCUCACUCAACCAACAAAUGGUUAAGCCUUGUAACUCUGUUACAAAUUAUUAUUAUUACUAUUAUUAUUAUAUUUAUUAUCAUUAUCAUUAUUAUUAUUAUUAUUAUUAUGUAAACAGCAACAUCAGUAGAGCCAAGGAGGAAACUACUUUACAGUAUUUCAUGAUCUCCUUUUACACUCAUCUCAUAACAGAGACGACUUAGUCUUUCACUUUUCUUGGAUCAAUAAAACAAGAAUCAGAUGAGGACAGGAACAGAUUAAACUGCAUACAGCAUCCUUCCUCUAAAUUGCUGCCCAAAUCAUUAUUAUUAUUAUUAAUAUUAUCAUAGGUGCCACUUUUGUCGAAGGCUUAUAUAUUUGUAUAUAUUUAUCCAGUAAACAAUUGAUCAGUAAAUAAAAUAGAAUAAUAGCAAUAUCCUA